AGUAAUGAAAACAAGGAUGAAACAUACUUAGCAGGAAUACAACUGAUUGGGAGCGAUAUAGCUGGACUUCUGUCUGACAAGCACGAGGUAGCAUGUUGGAUCAUGGACAAACUUGGCAAAGUUAAGUUAGUGGAUGUGAAAAGAAGUGGACUGAUCAUUGUGGAGUGUGUGUCACAAGCACCACUAAAUAAAGCGCUGAUAUUAACAGCAUUGGAGGAAUACCAUGUGUCUAAGAGAGCUCCACACUUCGAUACUGGGUUCCUGUCGGACAAAGUGUUCCUGGACCACAUCAGUUACCCAGGGAGGAUGUUUGUUCCCAAGCAAAUACAGUGCAGACGGCGCUGGAAGUUUACACUCUUUGGGGAUUUGUGGCAAGUGUGGGGAUGAGUUGUGCAGCGGUAGAAACUGUGAGAAUGAGCCAAAGUGUUGUCAGUGCGGGGGGAAUCAUGAAGCAUGGAGAUCUGAUUGUCCAAAGAGAGAAGGUGAGAUUAAAAUAAUAAAGAAUAGGGCCAAGAAAACAAUACAUGAAGAAAAAGAACCAAAGAAAGCGAAGAGUCUAGGAAACAGGGAGUGUACAGCAGGUAGGAGUCAAGAGGAUCAUUGUUUGUGUAAGGACAAAACUAAGUUCUUGGCGUUUCUUGCCAUGGUGAUUAACUGUGCUGCUGAGACAGAGAGAAUUAAAUCAUUGUUGAAGCCCCAAAAACUUUCUAAACAUUGUGGGAGUUAGUGGAGAGGAAGUGCAGGGGCUCCUGAAAGAGGCAUUCAUGCCAUCUUGAACAACGAUAUUAGUACUCCUUUGUGAUAAAAGUAGUAUGUGUGUGUGUGUAUAUAUAGUUAUAGUAGGAGUAUUUAUUUUUUUGUUAGUUAAACUAGGUUUUUUUUUUGGUUUUUGGUUUUUGUUGUGUUUGUUUGGAAAAGGCAGUUUAUAAUUUAUCCAGUAUUGGGCGGUAAUGCAACGUUUUGGAUGCCAUUUGCCCCUAAAAACCCCCAAAAGAAGAAGAAGUACUUAACAGCAGCCCUUGCAUAAUGGUGUACAACGAAACCAGAUUAGAGGGUUAGCUAGAUAUGUUGAGCCUAAAGCUAGAGUUUUCCAUAUCCUCUUCCAACCUGGUUUCAUCAUGACAAUUUAUGCUGCAGUCAUAAUGUGGUCGGUUUUGAGUUUGGGAUUUAUAUCAUCUAAAAAUAUACGUUUUUAUAUUCCUGUAAGAUUGAAUCUGUGCUGUUUUUGCAGGUCAAUCCCUUUAGGAGAUGGCCAUGAUGAACAUAGCAGUGAAUGUGCCUGCCUUUUCAAAGCAACCAAACCGCUAUGAGCUGCUGGAUUGGCUCAACACAACUUUACAGGCAGGCUUCACCAGGUUGGAGCAGUUAUACACAGGUGCCGCUUUUUGCCAGCUCGUCGACUGCUUGUUUCCUAACAACCUGGACCUCUCCGGGGUCAGAUUCCAAAGCAACGAAAUGGUGGACGCUCUCUACAACUACAGUUUACUGCAGGCUACAUUCAGAAAAGUUGGAGUAUUACGACACAUCCCUGUUGAAGCGCUGAUAACAAGGAACUCAUCGGUCACUCUGACAUUCCUGAACUGGUUUUCAGUGUUCUUUGAGAAGAAUAAGAGAGAGGACAGGGAGUACAAAGCCUUGGAGGCCAGAAGUGGACAGAAUAUUGUUCCUCCACGCUCAGAUGCUGAUCCCCAAGAGAUUGAUUGGGAGUUCAUACCCAAAAGAGCGGAAAAAGGAAACCCUACAAAAAACAAGAAACCUGAGGAACUGGAUGACUGUCAUGAAACCUUUUUGCUCUUCAUCAGAAGAUACUGCAGCGACACAAGUACAGACCCUUCAGUUUCUGCCCGCUUAAGUCCAACCCACCACAAGGACAUCAUUAAAGCCUGCUCCUCCUCGCCGUACUGCCUCUACCUGUAUGUGGACGUGGAGCUGGGCAUAGAAAAGAACACAAAUGUCGUCCUGGUCGGAUAUUUCGACCAGAACUCAGGGGUCAGUGUGGUGAAGCCGCUGCUCACACUGCAGAUGAGCGGCAGCAUUGCUGACCUACCAACCUCUGAGGAUGCAGACAGGAUACACACUGUGCACACACACGCUGAAACUGAUGCUGGCCUUCUGAUCGAGGCGCUGGAGAGGUAUGAUCUUUGUCUGCCCAACGCCGCUGUGUUUUAUUGUAACGCUCCGAACCUGGGGUUGAGCAGGGUGUUUGUAGCGCACCUCCAGGCUUUCAACCAAAAGAUCAUAUCGCUCUGCGGCCUCCCCGGGAUGGCCUCACGAGCCUGCCAGGCCGGACUUUUGGCUUCCUUUAAAUGCGUGGUUGACCUCAUUAGAGACAUCCACUAUCACUUCUACACCUGCCCCUCUGUCAGUGACAUUGUGAAAGGCCUGUUUGCUGAAAAGUACUACAACCCAUCCCUUCCCAUCUCUGCACAGUGUCUGUUCAUCAUCCACGCUUGUCAGAAGAUGGUUGACAGCUGGAGGCUUUUAGUGGAGUAUUUUAAGUCAUUGAUGCAAGUAGAGGACGUGGCCCGGAUCAAAGCCCAGCUGAUAGAUUAUAAAAUCCAUCUGCGCAUCAUUUUCCUCGCACACAUUUUGGAGCCCAUCCGAGCCCUCGAAGAGUUGCAGGAGUCCGGCAAGGCGUCCGUGCCUGUGGAACUCAAGCUGACCUCCAUGCUGAUGAGAUCGUUUGCGGCCAGUCUGCUCCGGCCCUUCGCCACAGAGCAGUUUCUCAAGAAGCGAGACCUGCUUCUCCUCCGAACCAGCACGGAGCUGCUCCCCGUCACUGAGUUGCAAGUAGGUUCUUGUGCCAAAGAGUUCCUGUGGGCCACCGCCGUCGUGGAUCUGGGGGAAGCGGAGAGGAGGGACUUCCUGAAAGACGCGGCAGCUUUCUACACAGCAGCACUGGAGAGUUUCGUGGAGAGUCUUCCUCAGCAUCUGGGGGAUGUGGCACUGAAUAAUAUAGGCAGGGUGCUGAACCAUUCUGAGAAAAUCAAUGGUAAUAAACUGACUGCAAGUAUGCUCACAGAGUUGGCGGAGCAGCUGGGUCUGUUCAAAACUGAGGUUAUCAGAAAACAUCCACUGAUCAACGACUACUUCCAUUUCUUUAAGCAACUAAAGAAGGAACAAAGCGUCUGCUGGAAAAAGAUAUUGUAUCUGAACAGAAAUGUCCCAUCUCUGCGUAAAUUCUUCCUGUCCAUCCUGGCCCUGCCAAGCUCUCUUCCCAGGUCGCAGGUGUUUUCUAAGAUGUCCAGCAAGACUCUCCCUCAAAGCAAAGAAACCCCUAAAGCGUUACCUCAACCGUGCAAAAUUCCGGGAAUACCCAGCAUAUCGAGCAAGCCUCUGAAGAAACCUGUCCCGUCCAUAAAUGUCAACAAGCUGAAAGGGGAGUCUUCAUCAGAUGAAGGUGACGGUACUGUGGCCAAACCACGUUUACAGCUUCCCUCCAAACGCCCCAGCAUUGAGGAGGAUUCAGACAAAACAGACAAUUCUUCAGAUGUGGUGGAUGUCACUGAAGAAUUCAAAAUAAGGCCCAGCAGAGUAAUGAAGCCAGAAAGUGAAAGAAGUCCAAAGGCAAAGUAUGCAUGCGUUGAGGGGUGUAAAAACGAUGAUGAAGUCAACGACUGCGUGAUUUUAACAAAAACACCACCCAAGCCUGCAAAAAUAAUGGGUGUGAUUGGGGAGCUGGUCUGGGUUUUGGUCGAGGGCUUUGCUUCCUGGCCAGCCGUCAUUGUACCGUGCAUGGGAGAGGAGCAAUAUCCAGAGUGUAGGAUGGUGUCAUGGUACGGACAGAACAUGUCCUCUCUGGUCAGCAAGAAGGAUCUGAAACCGAUCGCUCCCUUUGCCCAGCACUUCUCCUCCAACUCUUUCGCCAUCCUCAACAACUACCGAGAAGCCCUCUUCUUGUCUCUGAAGGAGGCAGCCCUACGCUGUAAGAAGAAGUUUUCUGCGUCUGCUGAGGACCAAGACGAGCUGCUGAAACAGAUGUUGGAAUGGGCCUUCAAAGGGUUUCAGCCCUCGGGGCCAGACGGACUCCAACCGACGGCAGCCUCAACGGGUGUAACUAAAACAAACAACCGGCCGCGAGUGUUGAGAAUACACCUCCCGAAGGUCGACUCCUUGCACACGUCACACAGCUCCUUCCCCCCGAUAAGCAGCAAUUGUAACAUCCUCAGCAAUCAGACGAAAGAAGUGUCCUCCUCCUUUGACAAACUGCCGCUGGAAAAGUCCUCCCCCAGACCUGCAAAUGGAAAAUCACGGGAGGAAGGAUUUGAGAUUCCAGGAAAAUGCAAUAACGGAGUUGUGAAGAAGAAGGUGUCCAGGGGAGGAUGGACAGCCGAAAUGGGGAAGGGAGGAUCGGAGGGAGAGAGGAAUGACUGUGGAGGAAUAUUGGAAAAGGAGAUGGGGAGUGGAAAGGGAGGGAGUAAAGGAGGGAAGGCGCAGAAGAAGAAAAGCAGUCCGGCUGAAGAUUUUUUUGAUGAUGAUGUGUCACCGGAUUAUGUUCCCCCCAAGAUGAGGGUGACCUACGCCAAAACGUACAAUAAAGUCAACCAUCCAUCCAGCACGUACACACAGCCGGACCAGAAACUCCGAGAGGAGAUCAUCCGGAGUAUCAUGGACAUGAAGUUGGACAUUGAUGGCUUUUGUUUGUGCUGUGGUACUGAAGACGUGGAGAUAUUUCACCCUCUUUUCAAAGGCAGCCUCUGCUUGAUGUGUAAAAAUAACCUAACAGAAACUCUGUAUCGGUACGAUGAAGAUGGCUAUCAGUCCUACUGCACCAUCUGCUGCUACGGACUGGAGGUCAUUCUGUGUGGCAACAACAGCUGCUGCAGAUCAUAUUGUGAGGACUGUGUGGACAUCCUGGUCAGUGCGGGGACGUUUGUUUCGCUAAAGAGGGUGGACCCGUGGAUCUGCUUCCUGUGUCAGCCUCAUCAACCGCACGGCGCUCUGAUUCCCAGAGAGGACUGGAGCAUCCGAGUUCAGGAGUUAUUCGCCAACAACAGCGCCAUGGAGUUUGAGCCUCACCGUGUUUACCCGUCCAUCCCUGCAAACCUGAGGAGACCUAUCAGAGUUCUGUCACUGUUUGAUGGCAUAGCAACAGGCUACCUGGUGCUGAAGGAUCUUGGCUUCAAAGUACAGAAAUGUUAUGCCUCAGAGAUUUGUGAGGAUUCGAUUGCAGUGGCAAGGGUCAACCACGACGGGAAGAUCAUCCACGUUGGAGACGCUCGUUUCAUCACCCAGAAACUCCUGGACCACUGGGGUCCGUUUGAUCUGCUGAUCGGUGGCAGCCCCUGUAACGACCUCUCCAUCGUCAACCCUAUAAGAAAAGGCCUCUAUGAGGGCACUGGCAGGCUGUUCUUUGAGUACUACCGCAUCCUUCAGCUGCUGAAGCCCAAGGAAGAAGACCCCAGGCCGUUCUUCUGGCUGUUUGAGAACGUGGUCUUCAUGAACACGCAUGACAAAGUCAACAUCUGCCGAUUCCUCGAGUGCAACCCGGUGCUGGUGGAUGCAGUCAAAGUUAGCCCUGCUCACAGAGCACGAUACUUCUGGGGAAACAUCCCUGGGAUGACCAGGCCCAUCAUAGCGUCCCAGAAUGACAAGCUGAGUCUGCAGGACUGUUUAGAGUUUGGAAGAGAAGCCAGGGUCACCAAGGUGAGGACGAUCACUACCAAUGCAAACUCUCUGAAGCAGGGCAAAGGACUGUCCUCUCUGCUGCCUGUCCUCAAUAACGGCAGGGAAGACAACCUCUGGAUCACUGAACUAGAAAAGAUCUUUGGAUUCCCCAAACAUUACACAGAUGUGAGGAACAUGACCCGGCAGCAGAGGCAGAAGGUGUUGGGGAAGGCGUGGAGUGUGCCCGUCAUCCGCCACCUCUUCGCUCCCCUGAAGGAAUAUUUUGCCUGUGAGCAACUGCCUCCUCUGACCUGAUCCUCCAUCUCCUCCACCUCCCCAUCCUCCCCUGACUCUCCAGAAAUGCAGCAACUCAGAUAGGGGAAAUUAUUCAUGUUUUGUAAGGAAUGUGUUUGUGUGGAGGAUUUCCCCAUGCUACCUGCUUUAUAAGAAAUAGUUUGAGCUGAAAUGAACUACGCAGUCCUCUACUUAUUUCAAUUUCAGACAAGCUUUUGUGGACAAACGUUUGCAGGAGGAGAGCAAUUCAAUCAAUUUCAUAAAGGUGCUGAAGACGUUACCGUAACGUUGUAUAUGCAUCAAAAAAGGGCAUGAACCCUCAAGAUUUUUAAGCAUUUUUAAGUAGCUAGGAAAUGAUGUUCAUAUGGUGGGAUGAUAAUUUUAUUCUGUUAAUAUUUAAGCAUUUCUGUGUGGAUCAUGUUGUUGUAUAUUUUGUCUGCCUCGUUUCUUUACUGUUAUAUUUGAAUCAUGUUGGUUUACAGGAGAAAAACAACUUGCUGUAUGUUAUCAUUAGAUCAACAUCAAUGUGUUAUAUUCUGCAGCAAGCCCGGUCUUUAUACAAAAAUGACCAAAAUUGUUAGUAUCGUUGAGAAGAAACAAGGUUUUUGUGGCUUAUUUUUCACAGUACAGAAACUGUCUUUAAAUAAUUUUCAUAAUGUUUUCAUCUUUUUGUUCCAUAUUCAUAUUUGUAACUCUUGUUUUACUCAGGGAAGCGGAAAAUAAUGAAUUGUAACCUUUUUUUCACGUGUUUUUUUAAAGGUCGCAUUGAACAGUUUGUAUCUUAUCAUUGAUUCUCAGUAUUAUGUUUAACUUUAGAGAAAAUGAACGUUGUUUAUAAUAGAGCACACAAAGCUCAUAACAUAGUUGACCCUUCAGUAUUUAUGGGAAGAAGAUCCCAGUCCACUACGAUCUUUUUUUUUUUCCAACCAGCUGCUUAUUUGUUGUUAAAUUGUGUAACAACUUUAUUUUAUUUGUCAUUCAUCAUCAGAGGUUUGUUUUUUUUGUUUCAACAGAACAAUGACUAACUAUGACAAAAUGUUUAUAUUUCACACUGAUGCUGCACCACUGAAGCCUUUGGCCUCGUUGACGAAAACUGUGAUCUUUUCUGACUGAAGACGUUUCAUAGAAGAAUGUCUUUGAAAUUGUUUUUAUUUUUUUAUUGUAAGUUGGCUGUACUCUAUUUUUGCACAGAACACCAGAGGGGUGGGUUGAGAGUUGUGUUCAUAGAUGUGGGUAAAGAACAGUGCCAGAUAUUUUCAUUGAUAUUUUUUACUAAGGGAAAGGCUGCAUGAUUUGCAAAGUAAUUGUUUGAAAACGAUUUGUUUUACUUGGAACUGUUGACAAGACCAAUAAAAGAAAAGAAUUGCACAAUGA